AUGCCUCCGAAACUUAAGUUUGGAGAAGGGGAACGGAUUCUCUGCUAUCAUGGUCCUCUCAUUUAUGAAGCAAAAUGCAUGAAAGGCCAGUUGAAGGACAAAGUUACUAAAUAUCUUAUUCAUUACAAUGGCUGGAACAAGAACUGGGACGAAUGGGUUCCAGAAAACCGGGUAUUGAAAUUCAACGAGGCAAAUCUACAAAAACAGAGAGAGCUCAGGGAGCAAAACUUGUAUGUAUUUCCAAAGUUUUCUAAAGUACUAUAUUAACUCUUGUUGUUGAUGGGUGGAUAGAUCAGAAACUGAAAAAAGAAAUAAGUAGUUCCGAUAAUUAUUUUGAUCAACCGGCGAAGCCACGUGCGUUUCGUGCCCUUUGCAAUCUAUGAAGCCAACAUUUACGACAGUUGAAAUUUGUUUGCAGUUUACAUGUUAACACGAAAUCCUUUUGCUGAGAAGUGACAUUCAAUGGCAAAAUGUGUUUGUUGAGCUGCAGGUAUUUAAUUUUGGGGUGCCUUGUUUUGUGGAGUUAGUUUAUUUUCAAUUAUUGGUAAGCUUAAGCUUAUAUCGAUGCAACAAGCUACAUGUAGAAGCUGAUGUUUGUUUUUAGGUGUAAGGGAAUGUAUGUUUGAUAGAUACACCUGUAUGGUAGCGGGUAUUUGAAAUGAAUUUUCUGGUAUUAUAGUAAAAGGUAAAGUAGGUGUGAGUUUACACUUUGUUCUAAACAGACUCUGCUUGUUAGUGGUGAUGAUCCCAGCUCCAAACGUCAUUAUGUAUUCUUAGUGGUUAGAAACUGAAAAUAUCACUUUAGUUCGUGUAUAUUGAUUUUUCAAGACAACUGAAAUUAAUCUGAAUCCUUCAACUUUUGCUGGUUGUCUGUUAUAUCAGAAGAAAAGCAACGUUUGUAUUGUAGAGUGAUUUUCCAUUUUAUAUCAGGAACUGCAACAUUGCUGUUUAUUGCAUAACCUCUCUGUAUUGUGUGCCCUAAUUCAGACAAAGCACCCAGUCAGUUUUGAAUGAGAUGGUGCAUCCAGUUACUAAAUUCCUUUCACUAAACCUUGGAGUGUUAUUUUUGCUUAAAAUUUGGUAGUUCAUAGUGCAUUUAAAAACAUUGGCAUUUGCCAACUGGUUCAGUGAAGCUCUUGGAUCAGUGGUCUUUCAUUACAAUAACUUAGUUAUCAGUAUAUCCAGUUGUUGCAUCAUUUUAGGCAGAAAAAUGUUAGUGACUGUUUCUAAAUUCAUAUCAAAUAAGAUUGCCGGACAGUGAAAUUUAAGUAGAAUACCUUAUUUCAUUUUCUGGAUUGAAAUACAUUAAAGAAAAACGAAAGUGGUGUGAUAGUACAAGUGAAUGAAUAGUUGAUCACACAACAUCAUCUCAUCCAAAUAUUCCAUAGUUAGAAAAUGCUCAAAAGUGACUCAAGGAUUGAAAGUAAAUCUCUAUAAUGUUAUUAAAGAAGUCUCAAAAAGUUGAAAUAAAAUAAGAGAAGGAUAAAUGCAAAUACUUGGGAAAAAAACUUAAUUGUUAUUUUAUUCUAUUUCCUGUAUUUGGAACAAAACUGAUCCAGUGCAAGAUUAAGAAAUUCUGAAAAGCAUUCACUCUAUCAAGCAUUUGGCAAUGCUGAUCUCGAUGAGCUUAUUUUGCUCCCUAAAAAAUAAAAAUUACUGAUCUUAUUUCACUCCAAAUCCUUUUGCUCAACUAAUUAGAAGUUGAGGACACAGUUUCUAUUUCUGCAAAUUUUGUCAUGGAUAAUGUGAUAAGUAUGGAAACCUGUACAGGUGUACAGUGUGCUUUCAAUAGUGUUCCACAGAUGUUCCAGUGAUAGACAUCACAAAUUAGUAGUCAAAAUGUAUUUAAAUCAUAAACAAAUUAGGCUGGUUUUAGAAGUUGAACUUCUCACGUGCCAUCCACUUUGUUACUCAUUUGCAUUAGAUUGGGCACAUGAAAAGGAUAGAAAGGAGCUAACAAGAUGCAAAUUCUGAAUGUUUGGGGUACAGAAAAGCUGACUUAUGUGUAGUUUUUGUCCCAAAUUGAAACAUAUUUCAGGAAUUAUUUUCUUCGUGACAAGCAGAGGCAUGCACAGCUGUCAUCAGGAAAAGCUUUCUUACAUGACCGCAGUUUAACUCCUAACUGAAUAUCAACUCACCAAAUGUUGCUUUGAAUGAAGACUCGAAGACUCGGUUGUUUGAAAGGGUCUGGGAAGGAAUGAUGCUAACUGCUGACCUGAAAUUUGUUCAAGGAAGUUGUCGAAAGUUACAUCACAAGUUGAUGUUGUGUUGUGAAGCACUGAAAGAAGCUGACAUGAUAGUUGUGGCAACAACGUGUGCCUUAAUCCAGCUAAAUGUAAAGCCAUGACGAUUGACUUUCUUGAUUGUAAUAGUUGCACUUGGCACCCCAUCUGUAAAGGUGGAGUUGUUAUCGAGCACGUCAAAUCCUUUAAACUUCUCAGAGUUUAUAUUUCUGAGGAUUUGACUUGGAGUGUUCACUGUGACUACAUAAUCAAAAAAGCCAAUCAUCACCUCUAUGCACUUAGAACUCUAAAGAAGUGCAGCGUGCUGACAUCAGACCUAAUCAAAGUACAUUGCUCCCUUAUGCGAUCAGUAAUUGAAUACGCCUCAGCUGUAUUCACGAAUCUGCCAAAGUAUCUGUCUGAUGCGUUGGAGGGAAUUCAAAAGGGCGCCCUUAGGAUAAUUCUUCCGAAUUUACAUUAUGACGAGGCAUUGAUACUAAGUGGCCUGCUGUCUUUAGAAGACCGUAGGGCUGCUGCUUGUGAAUCAUUAUGCGUAAUUGAAAACCAAUCAACCCUGUGUUUGGCCUUGCCAUGAGUGGAAGGGUAACUACCGUUCACUCGUACUCAUUAUGAAGCUGCUGGAACUAUAAUAACAAAAUGUGUAAGACGAAAAGAUUGUCAGAAUUUGUAUCUGUGAAAUAUUUAGAUUUUUUGUCAUAAGUUAAAUGUUAAUUAUGUGUAAUUUGUGCACGAUCCUGUUAUCCAGCUCAUAGCUGCAAGGGGUUCUGAAUAAACAACUCUACUCUACUCUACCUAGCCGGAUCACUUACAUGUUUAAGGCAAGAAUUACAACAAAAGAGAAGUUAUAAAGUGUUAAAGUUCUUAAAUUGUCGUAAAAAAAAAACCAAUAUGGCUGCUGGUUGCUAGGUGUGUUUGGGCUCUCAUUUGUAGCGUUAAGCAGCAAGCGUGUAUGUAGACAGUAGUACUAUUAAAUAUUUCCAGUGUUGAAGAAGACUUGUGAAAUAAUUUUGGAGUAAGCUGAUUAAAUUAUUUUGAUUCCACUUUCUUGAAACAGAAAGAACAAGAAGUCAAGAAAGAAAACUGACAAGAUUGUGCAAGGAGAUAGUGACAAGGCUAGUUUGAAACGGGCUGCUGAACAGGUAGUUGAAGUGACUGGGCCUUCAAGGAGGAAGAGAUCUAGACUUGCUAACGCUAUAGAAAGCGAUGAAAACUACAUAUCCCGUGUGGAGGUUAAGAUUACAAUCCCUGAUGAUCUCAAGCAAUGGCUCAUAGACGACUGGGAUCUUAUAACUCGACAAAAACAGCUUGUCCCGAUUCCAAGAAAAAAGAACAUUAAGGAAAUUCUCGAUGAGUACGUAAAAUCUCGAACUGCUAACCCUGACAAUGGCUUGAAACCUGGAGUUGUGCAAGAAGUUGCUGGUGGCAUACAAGAGUAUUUUAAUGUUAUGCUGGGGACACAGUUACUUUAUAAAUUUGAAAGGACGCAGUAUGGGGAUGUUCUUGCUGAACAUUCGAACCUUCCAAUGUCACAUAUAUAUGGAGCGGAACAUUUACUCAGACUUUUUGUUAAACUUGGCAAUGCUCUCUCCUUCUCCAGUUUGGAUGAGAAAAGUGUAGAGUUUGUGGUGACGCAUAUUCAAGACUUUUUAGAUUAUCUGUCAAAGCAUGCAGAUAGCCUGUUUUCAACUGAUUAUGAAACUGCAACACCAGAGUAUCAUAGAAGAGCAGCAACAUGA